GCUGCCUGUGAAUAGGUAAGAUGGCGGCCGCGGCGGUGGUCGAGUUUCAGAGGGCUCAGUCUCUCCUCAGCACGGAUCGCAACGCGUCCAUCGACAUUCUGCAUUCAAUAGUGAAGCGAGACAUUCAGGAGGACGAUGAGGAAGGAGUACGGGUUAAAGAGCAGAGCAUCCUGGAGCUGGGGACUCUCCUGGCCAAGACGGGACAGGCUGCAGAGCUGGGGGGCCUGCUGAAGUAUGUGAGACCGUUCCUGAUCUCCAUCAGCAAGGCCAAGGCGGCCCGACUGGUGCGCUCCUUGCUGGACCUCUUCCUGGACAUGGAGGCGGCGACUGGGCAGGAGGUGGAGCUCUGCCUGGAGUGCAUCGAAUGGGCCAAGUCCGAGAAGAGGACCUUCCUCCGCCAGGCCCUGGAGGCUCGUCUGGUUUCUCUGUAUUUUGACACUAAGAGGUACCAGGAGGCAUUGCUGCUGGGCUCUCAGCUUCUGCAGGAGCUAAAGAAGAUGGAUGAUAAGGCACUUCUGGUGGAGGUGCAGCUGCUCGAGAGCAAGACCUACCAUGCACUUAGCAACCUGCCCAAGGCCCGCGCUGCCCUCACUUCUGCCAGGACCACAGCCAACGCCAUUUACUGCCCACCCAAGCUUCAGGCCGCUCUGGAUAUGCAGUCAGGGAUCAUUCAUGCUGCCGAAGAGAAGGACUGGAAGACGGCCUACUCGUACUUCUACGAGGCAUUUGAGGGCUAUGACUCCAUCGACAGCCCCAGGGCCAUCACUGCGCUCAAGUACAUGCUCCUGUGCAAGAUCAUGCUCAACUCGCCAGAGGAUGUACAGGCCCUAAUCAGCGGCAAACUGGCCUUACGGUAUGCAGGCCGACAGACAGAUGCACUGAAAUGUGUGGCACAAGCCAGCAAGAACAGGUCCUUGGCAGAUUUUGAGAAGGCCUUGACAGAAUACAGAGCAGAGCUGAGGAAUGACCCCAUCAUCAACACCCACCUGGCCAAGCUCUAUGACAACUUACUGGAACAGAAUCUCAUUCGUGUCAUUGAGCCCUUCUCCAGAGUACAGAUAGAACACAUAUCAACUCUAAUCAAACUCUCAAAGGGAGAUGUCGAGAGGAAAUUGUCACAGAUGAUUUUGGACAAGAAGUUCCACGGAAUCCUGGACCAGGGAGAAGGGGUGCUGAUCAUAUUUGAUGAGCCCCCAGUAGACAAGACCUAUGAGGCAGCCCUGGAAACCAUUCAGAACAUGAGCAAAGUAGUGGAUUCACUCUACAACAAAGCAAAAAAGCUAACAUAGAAGUGAAGACUGCAUCUGUGGAGAACGCGUGUGGCCGGUGUAUGGAACAUUUGGGAGAGGAGGGGGGAAGGGUUGGGAACAAAAAAAAAAAGUGAACUACAGAAAGAACCCACAAACUGCACCAGGAUUCCUCAGUUCCCAGCGGAAAGUUUUUAACUUCUCUUUCAAUGGACGAAACUUUUCAAUUGCAUCUUUUUUUUUUGGUAUUCUUUUUCAGUACUCUGUAACACUCAGCGGCCCCAGCAGGCCAUCAGGGAAAAUUGUACAAUAACAAUAAAAAAAAUUUAAAGCAUAUACAGUAUAAAUAUAUAACUAUAUCCAUCUUCUUCAGAAUAAAACGGUUAGGCUUACACAGACGUGAGUCUACUCUUGUUACCACCCAAAGGUAUGUUGUUGCCUCGAAGCCCAGAAAAACCCAACUGACAGGUAUGGGGAAAUGGUUCUGGUCAAGAUGAGCCACCACAGAUGGAACACCUUCCUUUUUUCCCCUGUUGUACCUCUUACUGAAGCACAUUGACUGGUUGAUGGAGCAUGGAUAGAAAGAUGUGGAAGAUUCCGGAAAGUUUGUUUGGUCCAUGACAUGCACAAUGCUCCUUCCUGCUCUGUCAUUUGUGUCUGUAUGUAACGUUACCAGUCUGUCCAUCCCUUGUGCUGUUGCCCGUGUUGUUGUUAUCAUCCAAACGUAAGUGCUUUUGUAAGGAGACCAGCUUGAUGGAAUUGGAGAACCACUCAUUUUUCCACUCAUCUUGAAGACAACAAAUAAAAUGGUUUCCAUAUUCCACCCUGUUAUGGUCCUGUGCUAGAUCACGAGCACUUGGGUCUGCAUAGGGAUUCUUUUGUCAGAAGUGCAUUCUUACAUUCUGUUUUACUCCAUUAGUAGUUCAGAAGCUACAGUAGGAGUUGCCAAUCCCCAGCCUUUUUUCGCCAAUUUCUCUAAUAAACAAAUUAUAUUUUUUAAGGUUGACUUUUGCCUCUUGUCAACAGUUCGCUCUAUUUAGGAGAUAUCCUGGGUGGGGUUUAGCUUGAGUGAAACAUAAGAUGUUCUUGUGUGUGAACUGGAGCAGGGACAGGGACUGCUGUUUUGCAGUGGACAUUGAGCAUAUGUGCAGGCUUGAAAGACCCAUGUCUUGUCAAGCACAAUGUGUUUAACUUCUGCAAUGUUUGUAGUUGGGUUUGAGUACUUUGUUGGCCAUGUGAUCUGUUGGUGAAGCCCAGAGUGUUCACAGUGAGCUCAUUGGAGUGGCUAAUUGCUACUAUAGUCAGAACAGUGUGGGCAGAAAGGCAGGCCAGCACCUGUGUAUGUUCUGGGGGUUAGACAGUUUGCGCAAAUGAAGGACAAAGCAAGAACACCAGUGAUAAUAGUGAAAUGAUAAUAUCUGGGACGCUCAGCUCUUUGGCUUGAGGUCCUGACUACAGCCUCAGAUUCAGAUUGCCAUGAGGGUGCAUUGACUUGGGUUAGUAGGGCAACUAUUGCAUUAAAAUUAUGCCAGGAGGCAAUUAUGUCCACUGAAGUCCAUAUUGCCAUGCUCUGUGUUUGGUCUUUAUUAACAUUGUGCCCUCAGCUCUUUGUGGUAAGAACUGCAUACACUCUACAGCAGUGUGCCCAUGUGAAAAGGGUUUCUAAUACAGACUUCACAAAAGUAUUAAUGACAUCAGUGUCCCUGGUCCUCAGAGGACAGAGGGUUGGCCAUAUGCUCACCUGGUGCACCAUAGAUAAGCUGGUUGCUUGUAGAAAGGCAGUUGCUGGUUUCCAGCCCUUCUGAGAUGAGAUCACGCAUGCUUGAAGCAAGAGAUCUCAUGCCUUCAAGCGUGGAGGUAGUUUUGCCAAGUCUGUAUUUAGCGGUGGUGGUAAGGAUUGAAAGCUUUCAUUUGCCUUGUUGAUAAAGGGUAGAAAUGCCAAUAUUGUGGAUCCACACUAAAAAUGGACAGUGAUCGAUGUCUUGUAUUUUUUUUCUUCUUAAAUUGUUAUGGUGAAUGUAAAAUAAGAAUGAGUGGCUUUUGUCUGCAUAGUGGAACGUUGGUGCAGGAAAUACCAAAUCACACAGUAGGCAUGGUUUGCUUUCCUGGAUUCCCCUGAGGGCAAUUGCCUGACUUGUCCACAUUUUGUUUUAUUAAUAGGUUUGUUUUUUAUUGCUAGGAAUUACAGCCUUUGAUCUUGUGUCUUCUCAAAACACUCAUUUGCUGUAUCAGGACAGAAUUACCUGUCCCCAGAAGAGAGCGAUCGAUGACAGGUUAUUCUCCUGUGACAAGAUGAAAAACACAAAAUCUGAUCUGAAGGAUCUCCUCCUGUGGUAAUUUCACUCUGUUUUUAAAUCAAGGUUUUCUGACAACAGUACUGGCCAGAACUUGCUGCUGAAUUGCUUUCUAAUUUUAGUACAGACCACUUAUGUUGAAUCAAUGUAGUGUGGAGGGUUGAAUCUAUCUGUCUGAGUUUGAUUGGCACAGUCAUAAAUUAACUUCCUGACAGUCUUAUAAAUGAAGACAUUGUCCAACACAUCCUUCAUGUCUGUUGGCAGGUUGUCAGCAACACUAUAGUAUGUAUGUCUUAGCCUGUCCCUUCACAUGGUACGGAUUGUGCCUCAGUUUAAUCAGUCAACACCCAAUCGUCAGUUACACUUCUACCAUCCAAGCACAAGGUCAUCUUUAUGGUUGCUCUGUUUUGUCAAGCUGUAGCUUGGCAUCCAACCUGUGAACAUAUAAAAGCAAAAUUACGUUGUUAAGGGUCAUAUCCUUCUCCCUAGCAUGGUUACUUUUGUCUGUGUGAAUAUGAUUUUUUAAAUUGUUCAGUCAAAGGAUGUAACUGCAAGCUAUUGAAAAGGUUGGAUUUGUCUCAUGAAACAUCACAGUGUGUGAAUUCUAGUCUACUCGCCUGUUCAGAUUUCAUUAGUAUCUUGUAUGGAGUCAUAUCGUAAUGGAAUGGGGCCUUGUCUGAGAUGUUAGCGUUUGUGUAACAGGGAGUUAAGAUUUUUUUCUUUUGUCAUCUUGGCUUGGCCAUUAUGACAGAAAAAGACGUGGUGAAACCCUGGGCAGAGCCCAGUGUCCUUGCAAAAUGCCUUUAGGCAGGGCAAACCUCUGCUACCCAUUGUAUAACAUGGACUUUAACACCGCGUUGUCUCCUUUAUACAGGUACCUUUGGGCUCAGUUUGGCCCCUGAUAUUUGUUAAUAAACUAGUCAUUUGGAAAACAUUUCUGGUCUCUUCCCCCAUCUUUCAUAUCCCACAGUCUGCAAGUUUGUUUUUGGUACUAUGUGUUCUUUUCUCCCAAGUUGCCCUUUUCUGAGUCAGAAACAGAUUUAUAUUUUAGCCCCUAAGCCAUCCACUUGUUGACCGAUGCCAACC